GUGUAUCAAAUACACAGCCGUAAACAGAACAGAAACUGGAUCGCGCCACCUGUCAUCUGUCGGUCGAAUAGACAAGCGGGCUCCAGCCCAAGUCUCCCCUCCUAUGGCAUUGUUACAUAAAGCUACGAACAUUGGCAAAUACGAGAUGCGAAAUGGCCGAGCCGGCAGCCAGCAUUCCGUAUUUGUGGCCGCUGACAGUCGCCGGUCGCCCGUCGAACGUCAAGCGCGCCCAGGAUGUCAAGCCCAAGGCGGGCACGCGGAAGCUGCGAGCUCCGACAUCCACGAAGGGCCUCAUGCCAAGCUAGGAUGUAUGUUGCCUCUGCCGGCUUUACUUCCUAGCACUUCGUUGGCAGCCGCUGCGCCACGACCCAAGCCAUUCCUCCACAUGCCACGCUCUGUCUGCGGCGCCACUUCACGCAUAAGUAGCCCUCCUCCAGCACCCAGCCAGUGAGCUCAGACAGCAUCCAACUGACGGCACCUCGGCCCACAGCUGGCGCGCCUCCGGACCCCGCAUUCCGCGCGGCAGUGUCCAUACCCGCGCAGCGUGCCGGUCUAGCUGCGCCACGCAGCUAGCUAUCGUGUAGCGGGUAUCGUGUCAGGAAUGCGGAUGCCGGCAGCGACACGCGCGCACCGCCGCACCGCCGCGGCGGCGGCGAUGCUCAGCUGGAUCUGCCUCGCGUGCGCCCUGUCGCCGGUGAAUGGCCACCAGCCCACCUCAACGACACCCCAGAUGCCACAGCAACAACCGCAACAACAGCAACAACAGCAACAACAGGGUGUAGGCAGCACGCCAGCUGUGUUCGAGGCGGCAACAGCGGCAGCGGCGACCGGGGACGUGGCGUUCGCCUCGGCCCUGUUUGCUGAGCUGGCCGCUGCAGGCCUUGCAGAGGCUGUAGCUCAGGCAGCUUCGGCCUCAACACCGGCGGAGAGCUACUGGGGCGGCGUUGCCCUGCCGGAGCCCGGCACCGGAGGCAGUAGCACUGGCAGUCUCAGUGGCAGUAGCAGCGACGUCACCGAUGGGGAGAGCAGCAGCGGUGUGCUGGCGGCGCUGGGCGAGCUACUGCGGGCUGAGAACGCGUUGGCAGAGGAGGCCCUGGCGGCGAUGUGGGCGGGCUACAGCCCCGCGGCGGCUGUAGCAGCAGCGCCUGAGGCCGCGAUGGCGGCUCUAGCAGUAGCGCCGGAGGCGGCGGUGCCGGGCCCACGGCCGGCGGGGUCGCGGCACGCGGCCACGAUGGAGGCUGCGGCGGGACUGGUACUGCCGGCCGCUGCUGGCGCUGGGUUGAACGGCGGCGGCGCGGCCGCCAACGCCGUCAGCCGGCGCCGCCUUGCUUUCAAAAAGACGCCGCCGCCACAAACACCACCGCCGGCCGCACCGCCUGUUGGCGCCAGUGAUAAAUUCUCCUCUUCCUCCUCCUCUCCUUCGUCUUCGUCUUCUCCUUCCACCGCUGCAAACAGCACCGCCGGCGGUAUCAGCGCCGUCACAGGCUUCUGGCCCACGCUGCUUCAGCCGCAGCUGGCAGCCGCCAACACCAGCGCCGAUGCCAGUGGCAGCAACGGCAGUAGCAGCGACAGUAGCAGCGGCAGCAGCAGCAGCAGCAGGGCGAUGGGUGGGCGGCUGGGGGCACUGCUGGCGAGCCGGGGGGUCGGCGGCGGUAUCCUGGGGGCCGCCGGUAACACAGGCGCACAGGACAGUCUGUGGCUGCGGAUCAUCGGUGGCAGUGCUGCCGACACGCAAAGCCACCGCCAGCCGCAAGCACUCGACGCCGCUGCUCCAUCUGCCGCCGCCACUGCCGCCGCCUCUGCCGCUGCUGCCGACUACAGGGCGGCCGAGGCUCCGCCGGGCGGCGGUGGCAGCGACGGCGUUGGCAGCAGCAGUGGCGAUGGCAUCGGUGGCGGCGAUGGCGGCAGCAGCAGCAGCAGCAGCAGCAGCAGUACCGGCAUCAGCGGCAGUAACAGUGCCUGGGAGCCGGCACGCGCGACGCUCCCCUCGCGACCCUUCCUUGCUGUCAUCUCCUCUCUGCCACCCGCACCCGCACCCCCGCCUGCACCUCCGCCUCCCCUCCCUCCUCCGCCGCUGCCGCCCGCGGUCAACUACACGGGCAUCAGCUUUAAGAUCGUGGGCGGGCUGCCUGCCAGCACCACCAGGUAUCGCUUCAUUGUGUCGCUGCGGGACGGCAGCGGCAACCACUACUGCGGCGGCAGCUUGGUGGCGCCGCAGGUGGUGCUUACGGCCGCCCACUGCCUUGACAAGCAAGACAACAGCCUGCGCAACCCCACGGCGCACAUCGGCCGCUACUACACAGACGCAUCAGACAGCCAGGGAUACGACGUGCGCAAGUGUGUGACCAGCAUCGUGCACCCGGGCUGGAGCUACGCCAACGGCCGCAACGACCUGGCCCUGUGCCUGCUGGACAGCCCCUCCACCCGCCCCACCAUCACCAUCGCCUCGGGCACGGCCCGCCUGUCCGCCGACACGGAGCUGGUGGUGAUCGGGUUCGGCUCCACGGCCGAGGGCGCCUACAACAACGACCGACUGGAGGAGACGUCUGUGUACAUGCAGGACGUCCAGAGCUGCAACGCAACCUACACGGGACUCAUUGGCGACAAGCAGAUCUGUGCGGGUGUGCCCAUGGGCGGCAAGGACGCCUGCCAGGGCGACUCGGGCGGUCCGCUGCUGCUGCCCCAGGGCACCCCCUCCUCCGUGUUCACGGCCCAGGACUCCACCGCCACCUCCUCCGACGCCGCCGCCGCCGCGCAGCUGCUGCUGCCGCCCGGCUCCGCCUCCGACCUGCAGCUGGGCGUGGUGAGCUGGGGCCGCGGCUGCGGCGAGGCGGGCCAGCCGGGCGUGUACACCCACUUGGCGCCGUACCGGGCCUGGAUCAACACGCAGCUGGCGGGCUACGGCCUGGCUCCGCUGCCGGUGGUGGUGUUCCCCACCGCGGCCCAGCUGGCGGACAUGCUGACUCAGCACUUUGACUGCCAGGUGACGCCCACCCAGUCGGAGCUGCAAUCCAUGGCACCCGCCCUAGCUGACCAGGGCCUGGAGCUGGACUCGGCCCUGGCGCCCGUGCUGACCGCCUUCGGCUGCACCGCCAAGGGAGCCGCCGUGCAGAGCGCCGCAGGACCCCCCGACAACAGCAACAGCGGCACCCCACCCGACAACAGUGGCGGCAGUAGCAGUGGCGCCGUGCCUUCUGGAGGCAGUAGCGGCAGCGAUGGGAAGAGCACACAGCAGCCAGGCUCCACCAGCGGCAGCUCUGACACACCUGCUGCUGCUGCCUCGCCGUCGCCCACGCCGCCGCCGUCGCGCCGCCGCCGCCCGCCACCGCGCAAGGUGUCGUCGUCUCAGACCUCAGCAGACGCGACGCAGUCUUCAGGCACCACGCAACAGCCGCCUGCGAGCUCUACCGACAGCACAGGUGGCGGUGACAGCACCAACAGCAACGAUGGUGGGGGCGGCGGCGGCAGUGGCGACGCGGCGGGCGCGGACGCGUGCGCCUGCUCCACAGACGGCGCCAGCGGCGGCGCGUCCACGCAGCUGGUGGGCUGUGCGCAGCACGGGCUCAGUGUGGGCGACACGCUGUGGUACUGCAUGGUCCAGGGCGGCGCCUCCGGCUGCUCCCGCGCCGUGCCCUCGCGUGUGUUUGCAGGAGCCGCCUGGCUGGACUGCACCCCGCCCCCGCCGGCCGCACCCAGCGGACCCGACACCGGCAACCGCAGCAGCGACAGCGGCAGUAGCGGGAGCGGCAGCAGUGACAGUAGCGGAAGCGGGGCAGUGGGCAGCAUGGCGCAGUCGGCGGGCGGCAGUAGCAGCGGCAGUAGCGGCGGCAGUAGCAGCGGCAGUAGCAGCGGCAGUAGCAGCGGCGGCGCUGCUGCUGGUGCGAAUGGGAGCGGCGGACAGGCGUUGCCGUCUUUGGGCUUUGGCCGCCUCUUCGGCGCCUGGUUCGGGCGUUGAUUAGUUGGAGGCUGUGGUUUAAGUCUAAUUGGACGGAAGCCGUUGCGAUGAGGUAGGGGUGGAGGGCCAGGUGUGAGAGCCGGGCUCCUCAUGAUGAGCUGGGGCUGGCUGCCGGUUUGAAGUGAGGCGCGUGCCCCACCGUCUGCUGCUGGGGACUCCAUGAUUGCGUGAUCCUAUAUCCUACUGUGAUGACAGCAGCAUCUGUCCUGUGAUUCCGUAAGGAUGGUGGAGCAAGGCUGCGUCUUCCUGUACCGGCAAGAGUGCCGUGAUCUCGGCUGUUUUUGCAAAGUUUCCUGAUAGGCCAUUCAUCUGCUGUUUGUUCUGUGCGGUUCCUUGCGGAGCUUACGAGAUGCCGCGUGGAUGGAACUUGUUUUUAGCUUGCGAGGUGCCGCGUGGAUGGAACUUGUUUCUAGCUUGCGAGGUGCCGCGUGGAUGGAACUUGUUUCUAGCUUACCGAGAUGCCGCGUGGAUGGAACUUAGUUCUAGCUUGCGAGGUGCCGCGUGCCGAUCGCGUCUAUCUUGGGACUGUGACCUACCUGCACGCCACUUCGUGACGUGGACAAGUGAUGGCGAGAAGGUGUUGUGCAGCACACGGGUUCGGUGGGUGAUGGAUCCCGGUAACCGUACGUAGGCUUAUGUACGUGCGGUACGUGCUUGUGGGGGAAAUGCGGACGGCCUGCGGCGGAAGACGGGAAAGGUGCGUGACCUUCGUUCGGGCUUUCGUGGGCAAACAGCCAACAUGCGCCCACUGCUGCUUCUACGCAAGGGCAAGGGUGCUGUCGUGACGCUAAUGUACUAAGGCAGGGCUAUCUAGCUGCAUGUUCCGUCCCCUGGAUCCAUGCACAUGCCAACAUGCGCGUGACUGCAACACUAUCAAAGCCCU